AUAUCGUUUGUGCACAAUUUAUAAGUCAGGACUAUUCAUCGUUUGGAAUCACUCCCAUAUUUUCUUUUAAGCGUAUUCCUUGGAAUAUGGUCUACGAAAUAGAAGAUCCGCAGGAUGAACCUAACACCAAUGAAGAAUCUGGGGAAGAAUAUACUUUUUAUACUCCGUUUAAAUUUGAACCAGAUCCUCGGGGUCUUGGAAAUUAUUUGUUUAAUAAAAUGAAAAAACAUAGACACCACAUAGCACAAUAUAUUGCUGAUACCGAUGAAGAGCAAACCUACGGUGAACUUUUAUUACGUUGUGUACGCACAGCCUGCCAUCUCUCAACCAGAAAUUUAACGAAGGACGAUGUUAUUGUGCUUUGUUCUAACAAUCAUAAAGAAAGUAUAGUGCCAUUUAUCGCUAGCCUAUUCUUAAAUGUUCCGGUAGCAUCUAUGGAUCCCACAUUAUCCCUUAUGGAAUCGGUGUAUUUAGUAAAGGACGUAAAACCCAAAAUCAUUUUCGUAGUCCCUGAAGGUUUGGAACUUAUGGAAACUUCAGUUAAACAAGCAGGGCUGGAUACAGAAAUAGUUGUCUAUGGCUCAUCUGACACUAACACGGAAUUCUCAAGCUUUUUAGAACCUCACGAAAAUGAAGAGAAAUUUGCUCCAACUGAAGUGGAUAGUUUAAAGGACACUGCUGUUAUUAUGUUUAGCAGUGGCACCACCGGACUUCCGAAAGGAAUUAUUCUUAAUCACUUGGGACUUUUGGGGCAGGCACUAUGUCUACCUGUCUGUGGUGGAAUUGGAACUAUUUACUUAUCUUACUCAACGCUAUACUGGAUAUCGGCAGUAGUAUAUCAAUUGGCAGCUAUCAUUAUCGGUGGAGCAAAAGUUACAGUGCAAAAGAUGGAUCCACACGAGACGUGGAAACUUAUUGACAAAUAUAAAGUGACUACUUUAUUUGGUGCUCCAUCGCUAGCUGCAGCUCUAUUAAAAGUUGGUCGCCCAGAAGGUUUGGAUACCAGCAAUUUAUGGAGUUUUAUCAUUGGUGGUGGAUAUAUUCCAAAACCACUACUUCUAGAGCUCCGCGAUCUGCUUCCAGGUACUUUUGUGUAUAAUGCAUACGGGCAGACGGAAGUGAGUGGAGUAUUGACAACUUUCAAGACUGCAAAUGUUAAAGAUACGUUGUAUUUACAUUCGAAACCAACAUCUGUUGGAUUGAUUAUACCAGGAUUAAAAGCAAAGGUCGUUGAUCUCUAUACAGGAAAAAAUUGCGGACCAAAUGAAGAAGGCGAGCUCAGAAUUAAAUCAGAGUUUCUAAUGAGUGGAUAUCUCAAUCAGGAUACUUCAGAUUCUUUCGAUAGUGAGGGUUGGAUGAAAACUGGUGAUAUCGUUACCUAUGACGAGGAUGGAUGUUUUUAUAUUAAAGACAGAAUAAAAGAAAUGAUAAAGUACAAAGGAUGGCACAUUGCACCUGCUAUGCUAGAACAAGUUAUUAUGACCCAUCCGUUAGUGGCUCAAGUCGUAAUAAUUGGGAUCCCUCACGAUGCAGAUGGCGACCAUCCUAUGGCUGUAAUUGUCCCAAAAGAACCUUUAACAGUAUCUAUUAAUGAAGAAGAUAUCAUCAACUUCGUAGAGGAAAGAGUCACAGAUACAAUGAGGCUUAGAGCAGGAGUAAAGUUUGUUAGUUCUAUUCCUAUGACUCCGUCAGGAAAAAUAAGGAGAAGGGAUGUAAAAAAAAUGGUUUUAGACGGGGACCUUUAACAAUAUUUUAAUUUUUUCUGAUUUUUAUUAUUUCAUAGUAUUAAUAUUAUUAAUGACAUUAGUUAUCG